UGUCAGGUCUGGCAGCCCUGCAUCUGCAAUAUUGUUUACUACUAAUGUCAGAGAAGAAAUAAACAUAUUUAUAUUUCUAUUUUACUUUAAAUUUACAAUUACAAACAUGAAUAUAAAGAGAAACAAACAUUUUUUCGAUUUGUAUUGGGAAGAUAUACUAGUGUCAAGGAUCAUGCCCUUCUUAACAAUUAGGGAGUGCUUUAAUUUUCGCUGCGUAUCUAGAACUUGCCUCCAAAUAACUGAUAUGUAUUUUGCGAAGUUAAAAUCUUUAAAAUUGAUGAAUAAAGGAUUUUCGCCGCAUACAUUUGAAGUAUUCGCAUUAACAUGCAGAAGGCUAGAACUUUUAAAUUUGAGCCGAUGUGUAUCCAUUACUGACACAGACCUGAUUCCUAUACUCCGACGCAAUCCAGAACUUAUCAACUUGAAUUUGAGCCAAUGUAAAAACUUGACUGCGAAAUGUCUCCAACCAGCUAUAUUGUAUUGCAAUAAUUUAAGAGUUUUAAAGCUAUCCAAAUGUUCCUGGCUAACAACUGGUGCUAUGGAAGCACUUGCCCUUCAUCAAAACCAAUUAGAGGAUGUAGAUUUGGCUUUCACUGUCUCAAUUUCAGAAAGCUGUAUACUUGUGUUCAUUAAAAAAUUUAGACAAUUGAAAACUUUGAAUUUGGAAGGCAAUGUACAGGUUACCGAUAAAUGCCUCUACACAAUGUCCAAGUAUAGUAAAUCAUUGAAGCUUCUUAAUUUAGGAGGUUGCUGUGAAAUUUCAGACAAGGGUAUCAUAGCCCUUGCAUUACACUGCCACAAACUAGAGGGUCUGCUUAUAAGAGGAUGUACAAAGGUAACGGAGAAUAGUCUCCGUCUAAUGAGAAAUAGAGUACACUUAGACAGGAGGCCUGCAGAAAUUCCCCCCAUACCUUUAAAUGUGCAGAUUUGACGGUUGUGUGGAUUUUUUAUGUGUAUAUAAGUUUAAUUUAUAUUUUCUGUAAGUUAAAUGUUUUAUAAAUAAUUCUUAAACAAAAAAAAAUUCUUGAAGUAAAACCACAUGAUAAAAGCAUGAUCUAUAAUAAUUAUAAAGAAUUUUAUUUAAAUCAGUGAUUGUGCCUAAUCUUUUCCGACAUCUGUGAGUCCAACCAACUGACCAACUUUUAGUGGCAUGAAGCUAAGAAGAAAUAUCAGAUUUAUACUAAUUGUGAUUAUUAUAUUUUAUUAAUAUAACUUCUUACUAUAAAUUAAAAAAUCAAUACAACAUCCUCUUAUACCCCUCUGAUCUGAUUGCAAAUAAAUGAGUAACAAUUUGUAAUUACGGUAAUCGGAAAAUAAGCUUCACGUUUUUUAUAUAAACAAUGUGUUUUUUGUUUUAUUCAAUAUUGGCUAACAAUGUGUUAAUCACUUUUUUUCUUUUGUUAAAUAUAUCGUCGUCUAAAGUUGGAAAACUCAAAAUAAAGAUAUUAAUUAGUGCAAUCAUUGUCUGUUUGUAUUUAAAAAAAAUAUAUAUAUUUUCUAUAGUUAACCUUUGUACAUAUUUAUUGACAAAAUAUAGGACUGUUAACUAUAAAUAUGAAAUCUUAAAAAUAGAGACUUACUUACCUGUGCAAUAAAUAAACAAUAAACAAAUUAAAAAUAUAAGAAUAAAUAAGGUCAUAUUCUAGUCAAACACUUUUAUAAGUAAAAUAUAAUUACUUAAUAUUGUUGAGUACCCAAUUUAGAUACAACUCUAUGUGAAUGUUCAUUAUUGUCUAAAUUAAGUAUUAAGAUUGCAUUUUGUGGCUUUUCUAUUGAAUUGUUUAAAUUUUACAUUGAAAAAUUUAUUUUAUAAUUUAAUAAAUGAAUUUUCUU